AUUUCUGUAGAAAAUAUACAGAAUUUUUUCUUAUUAUAUGGAAUCAGUUCCAUUAGAUUUGGUUUGCUUUUAAUAUAAAUUUUAACUCUUGUAAAAUAGUUUCUUUCUGGUUUUAAUUCUGAAGAUUCCUUAAACAUAUUCCUGAUUCAUGAGUAAAGAUUUUAUUGAUAAAUUUUUUAAAUUUAAAAUUAAAUCAUUUGUAACAUUAUUUUUUAAAAUAAAUUUGAUACUAGAGUGAAUGGAUUCUCUACUAGUAUAAAAGAAUAAUUUCCGAAUAAUCAUGGGAUUCAUCGCAGAUUUAAAGAAUUCUAUUGUCCUGAGUAACUUUUCUGGAGAAAAGUUCGACAGAAGGGACAUAGGAUCGAUAUUUUUGCUAGUUCUUUUAUAUAUACUCCAGGGAAUUCCAAUAGGUAUUCAGAACACAAUUCCUAUCAUGUUAAAUAAUAGAGUAAGCUACUCUAAAAUUGCGAUUUUGUCUUUGGUAACUUUCCCCUUCUCGAUUAAGCUCUUAUGGGCACCUAUUUUGGAUUUUUUCUACAUAAAAAAGAUAGGUAAACGAAAGAGUUGGAUUGUCCCUGUUCAAGUAAUUUGUGGUUUAUUGUUACUGUACGGAAGUUAUGAUAAACGGAUGGAUAAAUGGCUGUUCCCUGUCCCUUCUGAUACCCUGGCUGGUAAUUUGGCUGAGGACGGAAGUAGUCUUCUGAAUAAAUCCUCUUCAACACAAAUAAUGAGCGGGAAGAUAUUUUUAUUCUUCUUAGUACUCUAUUUUCUACUAGCUACACAGGAUAUCGCAGUUGACGGAUGGGCCCUGACGAUUUUAAGGCCACAUUUAAGAGUACACGCCUCAGCCUGUAACUCCGCAGGACAAUCAUUCGGAGCGAACCUUGCAUUCUUCUUGAUUCUUGGUUCAAACUCGAUCUUUAACAACAUGUGCAAAUUUUCAAAGACGUUUCACAAUCACUUUGAGUCUUUUUGUAGUCAUUUAAAGAGCGCUGAAUGCGUAUGCCAUAAGUGCGUUGACCCCGUAGUGUCAAUUUCAGGUUUUAUGAGAUUCUUCGGAAUUAUUAUAUUAAUUACGACAUUUUUCUUAAUGUUUAAGAAGGAAACAACGCCGAAUUAUACAUCAAACACACCAAGUACAGUUUGCAGUGAUGUUUCCUAUAGUGAUCCGACAGUGGAUCUCAAUAUCCCAGCUUCCUUUAGUUAUCGGAAACACAAAGAUAUUGGUUCUUCAAGUCGUGAUAUGGAUGUAGCAAAGGAUUCGGCGGAGAUAUUCGAGUUGGAAUCAGUUAGAGAAAUACUAGAGUAUGAUUUGGAGACCGGAAUUAAAGGCCGGUUUAGAAUGUGGAAUAGCUAUAAAACCCUUAAAAAAGUUAUUACACUGGCGCCAAUCAAGACUCUGGCAUUUUUACUCCUCACAAAGUAUCUAUUUUUCUCUCCAGAAAAUCCAAUUGAUCUUAAAAUGCUAUCAUAUGGACUCUCUCAGGACUUGUAUGCCAUAACCAAGUCUUUCACAAUCGUCGUAGAUAUCGUCUUCCCACUUGUGACUUCUUAUUACAUUGUACUAUACGGAAUUAGCAACACUUUAUACCGAGCUCUAAUACUUAGAUUCGGAUCAUUAAUCAUAUCAACAGGUUUUUUGAUAAUCACAAAGUACUAUUUCAAGCAUGAUCAUUAUACCGAGACCAAAUUCGUGUACGUGGUUUUAUUAUCGUCCGUGAUAAUUCUGAGAAGAAUAGCCCAGCUAUUAAACACAGUAACGGACGUAGCGUUGUUUAACAAGGUCUCGGACCCCAAAAUUGGAGCAAUUUACAUGACCCUCCUUAACACACUGGCAAACUUCGGAGGAUUCUACCCAAACUACAUAGCUCUUUUACUAGUAGAUACACUCACAUUCAAAAAAUUAGGAAUAAACGGAGUAUUUGUGGAGUGUUUGAUAUGCAUAGCUUGCGGAUUCUGGAUAAUCCCGAAGUUCAAACUCAUGUUUGAAAAGCUCGACCAGUACGACGAGAAGGAUUGGACAAUAGAGGACUACACAUAGCUAAAUUUAAUGUAAUUAUAUGUUCA